UCUAAGACCAUAAUUCAAGAUCUUAAUUGAACACCUACGAAAUUCAUUGCCAUAUUUCGCAAUAAAAUCAACAUAAUCGCUUGAACAUAGACAAACACCAUGGCACCAUCACCCGAGACUCUACGCAACAUCGCCGACCAGGCGGAGCAAGAUCUGAACACUUACGACGCCAAAACCGGUUCCCACAAGACCUCGUCACAGGAUGAUGCCGGUGUAGACACGAGAGCAGAGAAGAAGUUCCCCGGCGCCGAGGUGCGAUACGGUACGGACGUAUCCACCAACGCCGGUUACAACAAGCGAAUCCCGCCCGAGGAGGGCGGAGAUGUCGAUGCCCGCGGAAGACAAACCCGCGGCCAGCACUUCGAAGGCGAGGGAGGCCCGCAGGAAAAGGUAGAGCGACAGGCCCGCGACUUCGGCGGCAGCAACGAGUUCAACCCGGCCGGAAGCAACCGGCGCGAAGUUGGGUCGAGCGUCACGGACCCAACUGUGGGGUACAACCGGAGCGAGGCGAUGAACGAGGGAAGAGAAGCUGUGCAAUCCAACCUCGAAGGUGCUAAGGGCCAGCCGCGCAAGCAGUUCAAGGGAUCUAACUACUUCACGCCGGAGAGCGUGCCAGGUAGUAUUUCCGCUGAGGGCUACGAGGCCCCUGAGAGCGUGACACAGAGUUCGCGGGAGGCGGAACAGGGCGGACCCUAUGAGUAGGGGGCGGAAAUCGGAGCGGGACGAAAAUGGUAUUAAGAGGAAAAUGUUAACAAAUAAAUGAUGAAAGACAUUACCAAUGAAGCAUCUUAUCGUGAAGAUCGUUCGUGCUGUAAUCUAGGCCAAUUCUGGUUACUCCGGCGGUCCACCUAUUAUGCAACCAUCUCUCCUUGCAGAAGUAGCUGUUCGGUGGCUGCAGCCGCGAUAAGAUCUGCAUCACUAGUCUACUGAGCCAUCGUGGCUUGCUGUUGUCUCACCCGAAGGCUCGCCGUAUUAGGUACUCUCUUCGUCCCCUUCAG